CACCACCACCACCACCACCACCACGACCGUCCAUCAAGCUCUCACACACCACGGCCGCCACCAACACUAGCAGCCAAGAUGUCGUCGUGGCCACAGCCUUACGGGCAGGCACCACAACUGCCACAACAACCUCAGCAACAACCAACAACACCGCAGCAACAGCAGCAAAUGAUGCUACAACAACAACAAAUGAUGAUGCGACAGAGGAUGAUGAUGCAGCAACAGGGCCAGCGACAGCAACAGCAACAGGGCCAGCCAGGGUACCCGGCGUUCCCUGCACAGCCUGGGAUGAUGGGAAACAUGCCCAUGACGCAGGGACAGCCGCCCAUGCAAGGGAUGCAACAACCACAGGGCACAUGGGCUCAAGCCAUGUCACAGUCACAGCAACAGCCACAGAUGCGCGGCGUGAACACUGGUUUGAUGUGGACGCAGCAGCCACAACCGCAACUGGGACCACAGCAACGCUUUCACCAGCCCGCUGCUAUGGGUCCCGUAAUGCCGCAGGGCCAGCAACCAAUGGCCUCAGGCACGCCCGUGUCUUCCAUGUACCCUGGUUUUGCCGCAAGCCAAGCACAGCAAGGAAUGCCACAACAAGGAAUGCCGCCACACCCGCAACCUGGCCACUCCUUCUACACACAAGGGUUCCCGUCGCCGCAGCAGCAGCAGCAACACCAACACAUGGCACCACAACAAAUGGAUCCAAAGAAGGCUGAGGAGAUGCGGAAGAAGGCCGAGUUUGAGGAACAACGGCGCCGGCUGCAAGACUUUACUGCUGCACGAAGCAAAGCGUCUUCAAAGUUUACUGCGGACAAGCUCCUCUCUGGGCUGACGGCAUCCAGUGCGCAGAUGAAGAAGGAGACCGAACCUGCACCUGCUGCACCAGCGCUGUCGUCCGCACCACUUGUCCAUCCUCAGCUGCGAUCCCAACAACAACAACAACAACAAGAACAACAACAACAACAACAACAACAACAACAACAACAACAACAACAACAACAACAACAACAACAACAACAACAACAACAACAACAACAGCAGCAGCAGCAGCAGCAGCAGCAGCAGCCGCAUGCGCAACGGAGCGCUGUUGACGAUGACUUUGGGGACUUCACGGAUGCGGACCCGUAUUCCGCAUUCAAGGAGCUGCAACCGCAGGCACAACCUGUCACGGUGCAGGCACAGCCGAGUGAGGGCAGGGUUGGUGCGUUUCCUUCCACAGCAACGCAGCAGCAGCGGCCGCAGCAGAAGCAGCUGCCGAUGAAGGACGGGGGCGACUUUGGCGCCUUUUCCUCAUCGUUUGCGCCACAACAGCAGCAGCAUGGAACUCACGGCGAUGACUUUGGUGCAUUCUCCUCCACGUCCACAGAGCAGCAACAAACGAAGAAGGAUGAUGACUUUGGCGCGUUUUCAACGUCGACGCAAUCGAAGGCCAGUGAUGAAUUUGGUGCAUUCUCAUCCACAUCGACUGAGCAACAGCAACAGAAACAGCAAACAAAGAACGAUGAUGAUUUCGGCGCCUUCUCAUCCACAUCGACUGAGCCACAACACCAAGCGAAGGGUGAUGAUGAUUUCGGUGCUUUCUCAUCCACCUCAGCAGAGCAGCAAGUGCCAAAGGCCGAUGAUGACUUUGGUGCCUUCUCAUCCACGUCGACCGAGCCACAACAACACCAACAACAACAAAUGCCAAAGGUUGAUGAUGAUGAUGAUGAUGAUGAUGACUUUGGCGCCUUCUCAUCGACUUCAUCUGAACAGCAGCAGCAACAACAGCAACUGCCAAGGGCUGAUGAUGACUUUGGUGCCUUCUCAUCGACAUCCACUGCCUCACAACACCAACAACAGCAACUGCCAAGGGCUGAUGAUGACUUUGGUGCCUUCUCAUCGACAUCCACUGCCCCACAACACCAACAACAGCAAAUGCCAAAGGUUGACGAUGACUUUGGCACCUUCUCAUCGACGUCAUCUGAGCAGAUGCAGCAACAACAGCAGCAACUGCCAAAGGUUGAUGACGACUUUGGUGCCUUCUCUUCGACAUCAUCUGAGCAGAUGCAGCAGAACCAACAACAGGAGCAGCCGCCACAACAGGACAACGGGUCCACAUCGCCUAUGAUCAAUUGGCGCGGUGCCGCAGACGCUGUCCGCGAUUACUCCGCAUUUGCAGACCUCUUCAGGGAGGAGCAGGAACAGGAGCAGGAGCCAGCACAACCACCGACGCAUGUUGGUGACAGCGAAGGAAAACAAUUUGCUGAUGAUGACAGCCCGGCACGCGAGACACACCCCACGCACGUGGCAUCGUCGCCGACGCUGGGCGCACCAGCACCACCUCAGCCACAGCCGUCAGCAGCGACCGCGUCCACACCGGCGCCCACGUACGAUGCGGCUGCCAGUGGAUAUGGCAUUCCCUUGCUGUGCCCCUUCUCCCCGCCAUCAUCUCCCAUCCCUCAGCACUUGCUGCCUCGCGUGUACAGCCAUGCGGAGCGCAGUUGCGGGCUCACAGACGCCAGCGGCGCCUCUGCUCGCACCGUCGCCGCGUUUCUUCAGUCAAACGCCCGUGUUUCACAGCAAGUUUCACAGCAGAUUGUGGCUGUUGCAGCGCACGGCGCAUCUGAGCAGCGAGAUGCACUGUCACGCCACCAACUGCACACGGCCCUCGCCCUUGCGUCCCUCGCACAGCGCUCAGUCCCUCCGUCUCUGUCUGCCUUGCACGAGCUGCCCUCGUGGCCGCUGCCGCUCGUAAGCGGUGUCGAUGUUGCAGCCCAAAUUGGCGAUGACUUUGGGGCAUUCACGGCCGUUGAACAGCAGCACAAGGUGGAGGAGGAACAAGCGAAGGCGAAGGAAGGCGAAGAUGACUCGUUUGGUGAUUUCGCUGCCACAUCAGCAGAACCCCAACAACAGCAGAAACAGCAGCAGCAGCAGGGGGAGGAGACUGGUGACAAUUUCGGUGUCUUUUCCUCGCUGUCCACGGAAGACACGACGACAACCUCGCAGCAGCAGCAACAGCAGCAGCAACACCCAAGAGAGAGUGAUGCGUUUCGUGUGUUUGCUGCCUUUGGAGCAGCUGCCCACGACGACCACUCCUUUACAGCAAAACGAGAGCAACAACAACAACAACAACAACAACAACAACAACAACAACAACAACAACAACAACAACAACAACAACAACAACAACAACAACAACAACAACGACAACAACGACAACAACAACAAGAGGGCUUUGGUGCCUUUGCUGCAACGGCGGAUGAAAGCAAUCAAAAUAAAGACAGCUACCAGGGGCAGUUUGGCGUGUUUGCCUCGACCACCACACAGCAGCAAGGAAAAGAAGCAACCGAGAAGGACGAGGAUGACUUUGGCGCCUUCUCAUCAACACCAGCAGAGCUGCAGCAACAGCCGCCUGCCAGUGACUUUGGCGGCGGUUUUGCGUCGACUGGAGAAAUCUCAGAUGGCGCCGCACCAAACCAACAGCAGCAGCAGCAGCAACAACAACAACAACAACAACAACAACAACAACAACAACAUGAGGAAGAGGAUGAAGGCGACAGCUCCUUCGGGGUUUUCUCUUCCGCGACUACGGAGGAGAGCAAGCAGCAGCCUGCCGGUGAUUUCGGAAUGUUUGCGACAACGACGGGUCAGCAGGAGCAAGAAGAUGACAAUGGCUUUGGCGCAUUCACAUCGACGUCAACUGCGCAACAGCAGCAAACGGAACCGCAGCAUCGACUGUCUCGAAACGACGACGGCGACGCUGCAUUCCCAGCGUUUUCGUCCGCUCCUCAACCCCAAACGACUGCCGCUGCAGGCGCACAACAACAGCAGCAGCAGCAGGAACGGGCGCAGCCGUUUGGAGACGACUUUGGGGCAUUUGCUGACAUCGCCAGUGAAGAGCAACAGCAGCAACAGCAGCAACAGCAGGUGUGGAAGAAGCACACGGAUGGUGAUGAUGACUUUGGAAAUGAUGAUGCGUUUGGGGCGUUUUCAGCACCGCAGCCGACGUCACAAGUGGCCGAGCCGCAAUUUGCCGCAUUUGACACGCAUUUUGAUGCCAGCGGUCCUGUCUUCGAGCAACAGCAGCAGCUACAACACCAGCCGGACAUGACGCAAGACGCAGCUGUUGGUGCUGUUGGUGGCACGAGCGGUGCAGCGACACUGUCACCAUCCACGGCAGAUGACGGCUCUGCCUCUGCUGUGAUUGAGGACGUGUAUGCCGCCUUUCGCGAUCUUGAGCUGACCCCAGAUGUACAAACGACCACACUCAAAUCGGAGGCAGCCAAUACCCAGCGUGCCCGAGAAGUGUGGACAAAGAUUCUCAAAGCUGCUCGCGUUGAACUGCAGACAGCGCUUACAGCACUGGAACGGUUGUCCACACUGGAUGAUGUCGACACGGUCAAGGAACAAAAGCAGUUUACGGACUUUGUCGCAGGUGUGCGAGAAAUGAUUGGCGUGGCAGAGAGGAUUGCGAGUGCAUCUGAGAGAAAGCUGCCGCCAACACCCACGGAGCAGGCGUCAGAGGAGGAACAAGACAGUGUUGAGGUGUUGCGCUCAAGCGUUCGCGCCCUCAUUUCGAACAUGCGCAACCUUGCCGCGUCACUCUCAAUCCAGGAGUUGCGAAAGCCAAGUGAAGACAACGAGUCGCCCAUGACGGGGACGGUGUGUGCCAUUUGCCUGCACGAAACACAGGUGGCAUCGCCACUGCUCGGCGUGCUUGCUUCCCCAACCUCUUCCUCCUCCUCCGCUUCCGCAAACGGGUUCACCAUGAACGGCUGCGACUACCACGGCACAUGCGCCAACUUUUGGUGCAAUUGUGUAGAAGCCAUGCUGCCCGCGCUCGACGUCUGA